UUUGUAGGUAGAGAAAAUGCCUAUAUAAAGGACUAGCUCUAGUUAGGUUUCUUUCAUCCCUUGCCUUCCUUUGAGUAUUCAUAUCAUUCUCUGCUUCUUCUCUAACUUAUAAUUUCUCUUAAUGGAGCGUUCUACUCGUGUAUUCUCAACUACUGUUGUAGUUCUUAUGUUGCUUCUUCUCGCUACUGAGAUGGGGCCAAAUGUAGCUGAAGCGAGGCUUUGUGAGUCAGCCAGUCACAGGUUCAAGGGAAUAUGUGUAAGGAAGAGUAACUGUGGUGCUGUUUGCCAAACUGAAGGGUUCUCCGGUGGGAAAUGCAGAGGUCUUCGUGCUCGCUGCAUGUGCACUAAGCAUUGUCAUCAAGAAGAAGAAGCUGAAGUUAAAAACUAAACCCACAAAUCAAGAGGUGUCUAUGAUGUUAGAAUAAAAUGUUAAAAUGCAAUUAAAUUUGCAUUUUCUCUAGGAUUGUGCUUUUGUUGUUGUUGUGCCUGGCCUUUGCUUAAGAAUUCUCAUGCUGGUACUGUCAUGGAUUUGGAAGCUACCUUUGGGAUGUGUCUUUGUGUGAACUUAAUUUAUGUUUUUAGUGUGAUCUGAUGAACUAUUAAAAAGAUUGACCUUUAUGAUGUUGCA